UUCUUUUCGAAUGUCUACGCACACCCAUACACACGCUUGCGCACGCACACGCUUGGGGAGAAACCGGCUCCGCGAGCGAGGAGCGACUGGUGCGCACAAGUGUGUCCGCUUUCAGCGCGCGUGAGGACGGCCGAUGCUGCGCUUCGGCACCCCCUCUCCCGCUCCCCCGCAACUUUUUUGACUUUUUUUUUUUUUUAAAUACAGCAUCCUAAAAGAAGUUGGGACCCUUUACAAUUUUUUUGGUGGAGAUUUCUUUUAAUAAAUAUGGGUGGCUGCCUCGCUGCCACUUUCCCACUCUUUUUAAUUGAUGAAAUGUCAUUUUAAGAGUGGGAUAAAGCAUUCCCCCCCAAAAAAAGAAAAGGGGGGAGGAGGUGUGACAGCAGCUUUGCGGACAACUGUGGAUCUCUGCGAGUAACUCCUGCCGUCCGAAAGGAGGGGAGGGGGGGCGGUAGGGGAGGUGGAUGAGGAGGGGGGGGGCAACGGCCGUACCCCCCUCUCCUUGAUUGAUUAGUUAUUAGUCAUCCCUUUGGCUAAAUGGGACCCAUUGAAAAGGCACCGUGGAACACAUACAUGAAUCAAAUAUUCCUCGUGUCCCCUCAAUGUCUCCACAGUAGUUUUGCUUAAGAAGAGAGGGGGUCGUGGCUUCGCAUUAUAAAGAGAAGGGGGAAAACAGCAAAGCUUUAUGAGGUUUAUUUAGACACUUUCAACCGCAAAAAAAGAAGAGGAUUUCAAAAAGAAGAGGAAGUGUGGACUAUAUUUUUCUACUUGUUUUUUUUUUAUUUUUUAUGUCUCAUUUGUUUUCCAUUUUCAUUGUGAAAAAAUGAAACUUUGGACGUCUCCCUGGGUGUCCUGCCUGGUGAUUCUCAUCCUGUGUUUUGGAUCAGAGUGCGGAACGGUGGAGCGGCGGAAAGGCAGAUCCAAGAGGGACUUGGUGCGCAUGAGGGAGGCGAGAGCCGCCGUCCCGGGGGCUUGCGCCACGCGUCUGCCCCGGGGCAAGCGCUCCCUGGCCGGCUUGGAGCGCCGGGGGCUCCGCCAGCGUCGGCGCUCCUCCUCGCAGCCGGAGCUGAGCUCCCCCGAGCGGGGCAAGGCUGUCUACUUCACCGGCAGGGGUGACCAGCUCCGGCUCAAGCCCGGCGUGGAGAUCCCCAGAGGAAACUUCACACUUGAGAUGUGGAUCAAGCCGGAGGGAGGUCAGCGAUCGCCCACCGUUAUAGCAGGCCUUUACGAUAAAUGUUUCUACGCCUCCAGCGACCGAGGCUGGUUGCUCGGCAUCCGGUCGGUCAGCGAACACGGCAACCGAGACCCUCGCUUCUUCUUCUCCCUGAAGACCGAUCGUGCGCACAAGGCCGCCGUCAUCCACUCCAACGCACGCUACGUCCCAAAUCAGUGGGCGCACCUGGCCGUCACCUACGACGGCGUCUACAUGAAGCUUUUCGUCAACGGCGCCCAGGUCGGCGUGAGUCGCGAGCAAUCGGGUGACGUCUUCAGUCACCUGACCAAGAAGUGCAAAGUGCUGAUGAUCGGGGGCAACGCGCUGAAUCAUAACUACAGGGGGGCGGUGGAGAGGGUGGCUCUGUGGAGGAGCGCUCGAGGGCAGAGGCAGAUCAUCAGGGAUAUGCAGGGCAACGAGGAUCCGCAAGAUCUACCUCAGCUGGUCAUACGGGAAACUUUUGAGCACCCGGGCAGGAAGUGGCUGACCGUGAAAGACGGUAGCUUCCCUCAGCCGGAGCAGAGGGGAGGCGGGCGGACGGGCUUCCAGGGCGGCGGAGCAAACGCCGAAGGAUUAUUAGACACGACGCUGGAGCCUCCCGUUUGCGGCCAGACGGUUUGCGACAACGUGGAGGUCAUCAAAAAUUACAACCUGCUCCCCAGCUUCCGACGCGCCAAGAAAGUACGCUACCGCGUGAUCAAUAUCUGGGACGAUACGCGGAGCAAGCCGACCGUGUCGGAGCACCAAAUCAGCUUGCAACACCAGCGACUGAAUGACGCCUUCGGUCCCUACAACAUCAGCUGGGAGCUCAGCAUUCACAACGUCACCAACUCGUCCCUCCGCAACAGGUUGAUUCUGGCCAAUUGCGACAUCAGCAAAGUGGGCGACGACGCCUGCGACCCGGAAUGCAACCAUCCGCUCACCGGCUUCGACGCGGGAGACUGCGUGUCGGGCCACCGCAGCCGCUGCCCCGAGAGCAAGCAGGGCAACGGCGUGUGCGACCCGGAAUGUAACUGGGAAAAUUUCUACUACGACCUUGGUGACUGUUGCAACCCCGACAUAACGGAUGUGACCAAGACGUGCUUCAACCGCUCCUCUCCGCACAAGGCCUAUUUGGACGUGAAGGAGCUCAAAGAAAUCCUGCAAUUGGACGGCUCGACUCACCUGAACGUUUUCUUUGCCAACUCCUCUGAUGAAGAUCUAGCAGGGGUUGCCACUUGGCCGUGGGACAAAGAAGCCCUCACGCAUUUAGGUGGGAUUGUGCUGAACCCGUCCUUCUACGGCACAUUCGGCCACACCGACACCAUGGUUCACGAGGUCGGUCACAGUCUGGGCCUCUACCACGUCUUUCGAGGGAUCUCGGAAAUCGAGUCGUGCAACGACGCUUGCUUGGAGACGGAGCCUUCCAUGGAGACGGGCGACCUGUGUGCCGACACCAACCCCACGCCCAAGUACAAAGGCUGCCACGAUCCCGAGCCGGGAAACGAAACUUGCGGCUGUCCGCAUUUCACGCGCACGCCCUUCAACAACUACAUGAGCUACGCAGACGACUCCUGCACCGACUCCUUCACCCUCAAUCAAGUGGCUCGCAUGCACUGCUACCUGGACCUGGUCUACCAGACCUGGCAACCCGCCUCCAGACCUCCGCCGGUGGCGAUGCCCCCUCAGGUGGUGGAGCAGCAUCACAACUCGGUCACCUUGGAAUGGUUCCCUCCCAUUUCGGGACACUUUUACGACAGAGAAUUGGGAUCAGUGUGUGAUAAAUGCACCGAGGGGAGAGUUCUGCUGCAGUACGCCUCCAACUCCUCAUCGCCCCGACCGUGCGCCCCAUCCGGACACUGGUCUCCACUCGAGGCUGAAGGCCCCCCUGACGUGGAGCAGGCCUGCGAACCGAGCGUGCGCACCUGGAGCCCCAACGCGGGCAUCGAGCAAGGCAUCGUGGGCCUAUCCGAGUGCCCCCUCCAGGGCUGCAUGCUUCAGCUGGAGUUCCCCCACCCGCUGGUGCCGGAUUCUCUGACCGUCUGGGUGACCUUCUUCAGCCCCGAAGAAACGGCGCUGCCGGCGAUCCACAACAUCCUGCUGCUCACCGUCGGCGGCGAUAACAUCUCGCUGGGGCCCAGCGACGUCUUCUGCGACACGGCGCUCACCCUCAAACUGGACGUCGAGGAGGAAGUCUACGGCGUGCAGUUCUUCACCAUGGAGCAGCACCUGGAGAUCGACGCCACCCUCUUGGCGUCCAAACCCGACUGCUCUCUGUGCCGCCACUGCCGACCGCUGCGCUACCGCCUGCUGCGCCAGCCGCCGUUCACCCACGCGCCACACGGUCACGUUUUCAAUCAGCCGUCACGCCGAUAUACAGACAGGGAUGUGGAGCCACAUGUCGCAUACACCUAUCGGGUCCAAACCAUCUCCAGUCGGAGCGAAAGCGAGCCUUCCCCGCCGCUGGUGCAUGAACUUGGGGCCACCUACUGCGGGGAUGGACGAAUCCAGAGUUCCAAAGGAGAGGAGUGUGAUGACAUGAAUUCCAUGAAUGGUGACGGCUGCUCAAGCCAGUGCAAGAAAGAACCUUUCUUCAACUGUGUUGAGGAACCGAGCAUGUGCUACUACUACGACGGCGAUGGCAUUUGCGAGGACUUUGAGAGAGAGACCGGCGUUCGAGACUGUGGCCUUUACACGCCCAGCGGCUUCCUGGACCAGUGGGCAUCGUCUGUGGAAGUUUCCCACGAGAAGAAACCCUACUGCUCGGGAGAGGUCGCCGCCGGUUAUCCCGCUGUUACCAAGACAUGUCAAUCCAAGGUGUUUGAUCUAUCUGACGGGGUUUCCCAAUAUGCCUGGUUCCCAUGCCAUGAUGCCCGCAAGUCUCCCUGGGGAUACCCAAACUACUGGCUGAAGGCCCACUUCUCUCAUCCAAUGGUGGCUGCGGCAGUGAUCAUACACCUCGCGGCUGAUGGGACGGGUUACAUCGACCAGACUCAGUGUAACGUCACCGUUCAGCUGGUGGACACUAAAGAAGGCAUCCAUAGCCUUGGCGAGUGGCGACUGAGCUGCCGUACGAAUCCGUUGGUGAUUCCAGUGAGUCACGACUUAUCGGUGGCCUUCUACCACACCAAGGCCAUCCUUGUCGUGUUCGCCUCCCGCCUGGUAGCCAUCUCCGGCGUCGGCCUGCGCUCUUUCCAGUCCUUUGACCCCAUCACCAUCAGCGGUUGCCAGAGCAAUGAGAUCUACAACCCCACCGGUCAAAGUUGUGUACAUUAUUCGUGCGAAGCCAUCGACUGCCAAGAGCCCUUGAUCCGCAAUGCAGAGCUCAAGUGCAGCAACGCCGGCCGCCACUUCUACAACGGCGACCGCUGCACCAUCUCCUGCAACUCGGGAUACGUCUUACAGAUCCACCAGGAUGAUGACAUCAUCAAAAGCCAGUCUGACUCUUUGGUGACCAUAACCUGCGCAAACGGCAAGUGGAACAAGCAGGUGUCGUGCGAACCCGUCGACUGCGGUCUGCCCGACAAGUACCACGUUCACCCGGCCGAUUUCAACUUCCCCGAGGGCACCACCUAUGGCACAAAGAGCACUUUCCAGUGUCGCCAACCCGCCCAACUUGUGGGCACCAACAACACUCUGACCUGCCUGGAGGAUGGGCUGUGGUCCUUCCCGGAGGCCCUGUGCGAGCUGCGCUGCCCGGCUCCUCCGCCCGUGCCCAACGCCGUGCUGCAGACUAAGCGCUGCAACGAGACGGGGCUCAAAGUGGGAACACUGUGCAAGUACAAGUGCAGGCCGGGCUACCACGUGACCAACAAACCUAAGAGGCGCGCGUUUAAGCGUCAGUGCACCGAGGACGGCAGUUGGCUGGAGGGGGCUUGCGAACCGGUGACUUGUGACCCUCCGCCGCCCAUCUUCCACGGCUCCUACCACUGCACCGACGGCUUCCGCUUUGACAGCGUUUGCCGACUCAAUUGCUCCGACCCGGCCGGUAAUAGCCCUAAUGCCGUCACCGGAGGCUCCGCCCACACGGUGAGGCUGCUGCACGCUCCAUGCAAGCAGGGCACAGGCUCCAACGCGAUCCGCUGUAGGAAGGACGGCAACUGGACAGGAUCCUUCCGCCUCUGCCCCAACAGCAAAGGCCAAUGUUCUUUACCUCAAAACCUGCAUUACAGCCUUCAGUACUCGUGCAGGCGAGGACAUGGCAUCGGUGAGGAGUGUGAGCUGUCGUGCAGGGAGAGCAACAACGACGUGGUGAUCCUCCCUAGCAACAUGACGGCCGAGGGCGUCCUCAAGGAGCACUGGAGGAACCCACACAAGGUCAAGUCUAUCGUCUGUACGAUGGGACUGAAGUGGUAUCCGCACCCUGAACUGCUCCACUGCUUCAAAGGAUGUGAGCCAUUCAUGGGAGACAACUACUGUGAUGCAGUAAACAACCGAGCCUUCUGUAACUACGAUGGAGGAGACUGCUGCCAAUCCACUGUCAAGACCAAGAAGGUGAUUCCAUUCCCCAUGUCCUGUAACAUCCGGAACGAGUGCUCCUGUCGGGAUCCAAACGCGGCAGAGAACAAAAGGGAAGAUCAGGUCCAUUCUCUGGGGUGACGGAAGCAAUGGGAGGAUGAGAGAGAGAGGGGGGGGGCCUCCAUUCAACGUCCCCAAGACCCUUUUGCUGCAACACUGCACCCAUCGUGGCCGCGCGGUCGCUUAGCCCCCCGCGCCCGCCUGGAUCUUCAUCCUCCAUUUUCCUUGCACAUGCUGCUUUUAACAGGCAUACCUCUCCAUCCUCGCAACCCCCUCUGCCUCUCCACAUCAUGAAAAGAUCGAGAACAGACGACGGGACUCACGAGACGCCACUGAAAACUUCAUCCCCCUCGACUAAAAGGUAGAAGAGAGUCUCACGGUAAUCGUCAUCAUGAAGCAACAUGGCCAUUAUAAGAAAAAGAAAACGAAAAACCCUGGCAGGCCGAGGUACUGUAGCAUGCCUUUUGUUCAGUGUUUAGUUUAGUGCCGUAACUCGACAAUUACACGAUGAAAGCAAUUGUGCAAGUUUUAUGUGGGGGGGGGGGAGGUAAGGGGGGGUGCGCCUGUGUGUGUGUAUAUGCGUGCGUGUGUGAGUGGUUGAGGGAUCAAUAUUUAUUCAAUAUGAAGGAAAUGAAGACACGUGUUUCUCAGACACGUUUUGAAGAUGUGAGGUUUUGGAACGGGCGGUCAGACAUUCUGUAUCUGUUUUAAUUUCAGUCAUGUGUUUCUUCACCGGCACAUCAGAGGUUGGAACUGGCUCGGUGGGGAACGAUAUUGUACCCAUUUACACUCCGCAGAUUCCGCACACAAUAACCAAGAUGAAAUAAACAAAUCGUCAGAGAAACGAUCAAGUAAAUGGCUCUGCAACCCAACCGCAGAAAUAAUAUUCCCAUGCAAGGUCUUUUUUUUUUUUUUUUUUUUGGUUGUUUAAGCAAUUUUCAGAGCGUGUAAUGAAAACAACGUCGGUGCAGCCUCUGCUACUGCUCCGCUGCGACUCGACGUAUUUGCGUUGCUAAAUCCUCAAGGGGGCGGUUGACGGCUUUUAUCUGCGGAUGGCUCGCACGUGCAUGUUCACGGGGAAUGCUUUCAAACUUUGUAGAAAAAAAAAUAAAAUAAAAAUAGCGUCACAAUGUCAGCUCAUUGUCAGAAUGGAAGCGUCACAUUUAGACCAGGGAUGGGCAACUUAAGGGGCACGAUUUUUCAUCAGUGCUUCCUCACCAAAAAUAUGACCCGAAAAGUCAUUUUAAAUAUACGCAAAAUACGUUCAUACUUUCCGAAGCCGACAACAGUGGGCUUGAAGUAAACAACAAAAUAACCGCAUAUAGUAGAAAACUAUAUAGAAAACUGCCGAACGAGAAAACAUCUUUUUUUUCUUUUUUUUUGAUCUGACUCUUAAUUUGUAAGAAAAUUGUCCUGCAUAUCACUUGAAGUCGGCAAGAAAUUCUAAAAGUCUACUCAUGGAGUUUGUGGCAGUAACGAGACAAGACCAAUUGCAGUGGAAGCAGAAUUAGAUUGUGUCUUCCAUCUAGUGGUAACUGGUGAUAUUGCAACUUAAAAGUACAGUUGAUCGCUGCAUAUUUGCAGUUGGGAACACAUGGAUUUGCAUAUUGGCAAAUUUUGUUCCAUUUGUUGGAAGCAUUUUUUCUCCCAUUUUUUUUGUGGAAAACAAAUGUCUGGUGUUGGGAGUUUUGGCAGCUUUUUGAAAAUGAAUCAGUGGCCACUCGUAGUGCUUUUGCGGGCCACUGCGAGUUGCCCAUCCUUGGUUUAGACAUCUCGUAAAAUGGCUCGAGGAAAACGAUGCGCAAAAAGUACAUUCGAUGAUAGAAAAAUGGACACAAAUAUCGACAAUAUUUUCCAUUUAAACGAAAACAUCGCCACA